AUGCUAUUAUUCAUCAAGUCAUUCUUUCGUUUCAGCCUGUGGGACCUUACACCGGGUGUAAACUCUGAGGCGCGAAUGAUCUGGUCAGCUGCCCUUGACGACUGUCCCAUGGACGCUGCAACACUCACCCUUCCAGAUGGUGGAAACUCUGUUAAGGCGGUGGUUGCUCUUGGAAAAAACGUGGUUGUCUAUGACCUAGACUUCCGUGCGUCCUCUGCCGCGGCACCUGAACUUGUGGCCAAAUUCGAAUUACCCUGUCCUGUGUUUACCGCGCAUAUGCAUCACUCUGGCGACAUGAUUGUCUGCGGCGGUGAAGACAACCUGAUUUACCGGUUAGAUGUUAAUACCGGCGACAUUUUAGAGUCCUGUCGCGGUCACUUCGGUCCUGUGCAUUGUGUCCGAUUCUCACCCGACGGUCACCUCUUUGCCAGUGGCAGCGAGGACGGUACAGUGCGUCUGUGGCAGACUAAUGUUGGCGAAAACUAUGGCUUGUGGAAGCUGGUGGAACCCACCACAACUGAAUCAUCAGCUGUGCAGUCCUCCCCACCGGUUGUUCCGGCUUCUGUGUAA